GAUUAACUAACACAGACAAUACAACACAUUGGAUUUACACAUAGAACUCAGAACUUCUGGCGGAAUCAGUGUGAAGACCCCUUGAAUGAUUGUGUCUGUAUCAUUGGAGACUCCUUGGAAACAGCACUGAUGCAUUAGAUCACUAGAUAGAACUUUAUUACUCCCGACCCCUGGUAGUACCCCCUAAACAAUAAAGAUGGCGCUGUCACUGAAGGUGGGCAUUGUUGCUGCGGGGAUCACAAAGACGAUGCAGUUUGAGGCAUCCAUGAUCGUCUAUGAUGCCUGCAGAAUCAUACGUGAGAGAAUAAUGGAAGCAAAUGAAGGAAAUGCCACAGACUUUGGAUUAUUCUUGGCAGAUGAGGACCCUAAGAAAGGAGUCUGGUUAGAACCUGGCCGAACUCUGGAAUAUUAUCUUCUUAGGAGUGGGGACUUAUUGGAAUACAAGAAGAAACACCGUAUCUUGAGAGUCAGAACACUCGAUGGCAUCGUCAAAACUUUACAAGUGGACGACAGUUUCACAGUAUCACAACUCAUGGUUCCUAUAUGCACACGAUUGGGGAUCACAAACCAUGAUGAGUACUCACUUGUAUAUGAUUUGCGUGAUGAAGACAAGGAAAAAACACUGACGUUAAAACGUGACAAAUCUCUGGCCAAAGAUCAGAAGAAACUGGAUGAGAUGAAGAGGAAACUUCACACAGAUGAUGAAUUGAACUGGUUAGACCAUUCUAAGACUUUACGUCAACAGGGAAUAGAUGAAAAUGAAACAUUGCUUCUGCGACGGAAGUUUUUCUUCUCAGAUCAAAACGUGGAUGCCCGGGACCCUGUGCAAUUGAAUCUUUUAUAUGUUCAGAUGAGAGAUGCAAUCAUAAAUGGAGCCCACCCUGUCACCCAGGAUGAAGCUAUUCAAUUUGCAGGCUUCAUGUGCCAAAUACAGUAUGGAGACCACGUGGACCACAAACACAAACCUGGGUUUCUUGAGUUGAAAGAAUUCCUCCCCAAAGAAUAUGUAAAAGUGAAGAGCAUCGAGAAGAAAAUAUUUGGGGAACAUCGUAAACUAGUUGGAAUGCAAGACAUUGAUGCCAAAGUGAAGUAUACCCAACUGUGUAGGUCUUUGAAGACUUAUGGUAUCACAUUCUUCCUUGUAAAGGAGAAAAUGAAAGGGAAGAAUAAGCUUGCACCUAGACUGCUGGGUAUCACAAAAGAUAGUGUAGUCAGAGUAGAUGAAAAGACAAAAGAGAUCAUGAAGACUUGGAAUUUAACUACAGUAAGGAGAUGGGCUGCAUCACCCAACAGUUUUACAUUGGAUCUGGGUGACUACAGUGACAGCUAUUACUCUGUCCAGACAGUGGAAGGAGAACAAAUUGCACAACUGAUUGCUGGAUAUAUUGACAUCAUCAUGAAGAGGAAAAAGGCGAAGGACCACUUUGGUAUAGAAGGGGAUGAGGAGUCCACUAUGUUAGAAGACAGUGUAUCUCCUGCCAAGGCCACAAUAAUCCAACACCAGACGGCUAAAGUAGGUCAUGCAAGUACAGGCUCAGUGGCUCUCCCGGCAGUUUUGCGUGCUGGUGACACGGGCCAGUCGGCCAUGAGUACGGGAAGUAUGCAGCGAGCCCAGCACAUGCAGGUCACCAAUCAGGCUCACAGUGCGCAUGCUGCGCCUGGUGGAGCUAAGGGGGAGAAGCAUGACCUUAACCAGCCCCAGAGAGCCCUAUGGGGCACCAUUGAUGAGGGCCUCAGUGCCAUGACUAAUGUGGAUGAGGAACUACAGAAGAAAGCAGAUGUGCCUGACCUUGGCUCAGAUCCUGCAUCAAGAAAAUGGAGGGAAAACACUAUGGAUGUUUCGAAGCAGAACGUUGGAGCUCAGCUAUCGGCCAUGAACGCUGCUACAGCCCAGGUUGUGACCUUGACCUCUGGUGGAGAUGACGACACCGACCAUGCAGCUGUAGGAUCAGCUGUACAGACUAUCUCAACUAACAUGACAGACCUCUCCAAAGAUGUCCGCAUGUUAGCAACACUCCAAGAUGAUGACCAAGAUGGAGACAAACUACUUGAUGCAGCAAGGAAACUUGCAGGAGCAUUUACAGAUCUUCUCAAGGCUGCACAACCAGGCACUAAAGAGCCAAGACAGAACCUGCUGACGGCUGCCAGCAAGGUAGGAGAAGCAAGCCACGAUUUAAUGCGUAAAGUGGGAGAAGAGGAAUCAACAGAUGAGGACAAGAGUUUCCAGGACAUGCUCCUUGCUUUGGCUAAAGCUGUGGCUAAUGCUACUGCUGCAUUGGUACUGAAAGCCAAGGGUGUUGCUGGGACAGUGGAGACUCAGGCCCAACAGAACAAGGUCAUCAGUUCUGCCACACAGUGUGCUUUGGCCACAUCACAACUUGUGGCUUGUACCAAGGUUGUUGCCCCAACUAUACACAACCCGGCAUGUCAAGAACAGCUUGUUGAGGCCUCUAAACUGGUUGACAAGUCUGUAAAGGGAGUGGAAGCAACAGCCAAAGAUGCCUCCAAAGAUGAGAAAUCUUUACAAGACCUUGGAGAAGCUGCAAAUGCUGUCACAAAAGCACUCAAUGACCUCUUGCAACAUAUAAAACGUGGAAUAGGAUCUGAGAAGGGCGGACAACAGGAAGUAGCUGUUGAUAAGAUCCUCUCAGCGACAGACCAUUUGUUCGAUAGCUUGGGUAAUGCCCCUGAGAUGGUCAAGCAAGCCAGAAUUCUCGCACAGGCCACAUCAAACUUAGUGAACUCCAUCAAAGGUCAGGCAGAGACACAGAAAGACUCUGAUCAACAGAAGAAACUCCUCGCUGCUGCUAAGAUCCUCGCAGAUGCUACAGCCAAGAUGGUAGAUGCUGCAAAGGGGUGUGCUGGAAAACCAUCUGAUAGUAACAAGCAGGCAGCGCUGAAGCAAGCAGCCCUUGAACUGAGGUCAGCCACCAGUGUUGCUGCAAGCGAUGCUCUCAAGAGGAAAAUUAUCAAGACUCUAGAGGCUGCUGCCAAAAAUGCUGCCUCUGCCUCAACAGGUCUCAUCAAUGCAUCAAAUGGAGCAACAAAACACAAUCGCAAUAGUGCAUCUCAACACCAUCUGGUACAGCAAUGCAAGGCUAUGGCAGAUCAAAUCCCCAAGCUGGUUGCAGGUAUCAAAGGAACCAUGCAUGAUCCAGAAAGUGCCGCAGCCCAACUUGCCCUCAUACAAUCUGCUCAAAAUAUGCUACAGCCAUGUGGUAAAGCAAUAGCUGCAUCAAACGCAGCUGCACCAACUAUAGAUGAUAGUGCAGCUGCACUUAGUCUAAACAAUGCCUCCAAGAACAUGGCCUCGGCACUUUCUGAACUCAGGGGAGCACUCAACAAUGCCCAAGAUGCUUGUGUGUCGUUGGAGAUAGAUGGCGCUCUAGACCAGAUCGAAAAUUUGGAGAAAGAAUUAGAUGAAGUGAAACGUGGAGCAAAUGCAGGCAAUCUUAAGCCACUGCCAGGAGAGACGGCAGAGUCUAGUGCCCUACAACUGGGGUCUACAUCUAAAACUGUGGGCUCAUCUAUGGCACAACUCCUCACAGCAGCAACACAGGGCAAUGAGAACUACACUGGCACAGCUGCUAAGGACACAGCCACUGCACUUAAGAUUCUAUGUGAUGCUGUGAGAGGUAUAGCUGCAACAACAGGUGACAAGAAUAUCCAGAACUCUAUGAUUGAUAGUGCCAGAGAUGUCUUGGAUAAAUCUGCUAAGCUAAUUGAAGAAGCCAAAAAAGCUGUUAAUAAUCCCAAUAAUCCAGAUAACCAAACUAGGCUUGCUAUGGUUGCUAAGAGUGUUUCCCAGGCUUUGAACAAUUGUGUCAACUGUCUGCCAGGACAAAGAGAUGUUGACAAUGCCAUCAAAGAGAUAACAAACCGUAGCCAAAACAUCUCAAUAGACAAGCUCCCUCAGACCAAGAGGUCUUACCAAGAGAUCCAUAUACAGUUGAGUAAUGUUGCCUCUAACUUGAACCAAGCAGCUGGAGAUGUAGUAACAGCCUCAAGGGGUUCACCCAACCAGCUUGCCCAGGGCAGCAACAGAUACAGCAAGGCCCAUCAAGAUUUUACAGAUGCUGGUCUUCUGAUGGCUGGAGUGACCAAGGACACAGAGACCCAAUCUCAACUGAUCAGUAGUCUUCGCAGUAUGUCAAUGGUUUCUAGUAAACUACUGAUAUCUGCAAAGUCUGUAGCUGCAGACCCCAAUGCUCCUAAUGCUAAAAAUAUGUUGGCCCAAGCUGCAAGAGCUGUAACUGAAAGCAUCAACCACAUGAUUAACUUGUGUACAAUUUCUGCUCCUGGUCAACGUGAAUGUGAUAACGCCCUACGUCGUAUCCAGGCCGUCAAAAGCUAUGUCGACUGUCCAAAUGAGCCAAUCAAUGACUCUUCUUAUUAUGACUGUCUAGAAGGAGUAAUGGUCAAAUCUAAGGACUUGGGUGAAGCUAUGACUGGUAUCAGUAAUCAUGCCAAGAAACAAGAAGUGGAAGGCUUCUGUGAGUCGGUGCGCAACUUUGCCACGGCUGUAUGCGGGUUAACAGAGUCUGGUGCACAGGCUGCCUACCUUACGGGCAUAUCAGACCCAGCAAGUGAACCUGGGAAGCCAGGUCUCGUGGAUAGAUCACAUUUUGCAAGGGCCAAGCAGGCCAUUCAAACAGCUUGUAAUAGCCUCACUGAUCCAGCCAACUCUCAACAGCAGGAUUUCAGAGCAUUGGUGUUAUCAGCCGCCACAGUUGUAGCCAAACAUACGUCAGCAUUGUGCAAUGUCUGUAGAACAGCCUCAUCUAAGACGUCUAACCCUGUAGCCAAACGCCACUUUGUCCAGUCAGCUAAGGAUGUCGCCAAUAGUACUGCUAACCUAGUAAAAGCUAUCAAGGCAUUAGACAGUGACUUUAGUGAUGCUAAUCGCCAGAAAUGUGGUGAAGCAGCCACGCCUCUACUUAAAGCUGUAGAAGAACUUGAUACUUUUGCAUCUUCUGCUGAGUUUGCUAGCAUACCUGCUAAAAUCAGCCCAAAGGCCUUACAAGCUCAGGAACCCAUCACCAACUCUGCCAAGUCCAUGAUCAAUGGUGCAUGUCACAUGUUAGAAGCCGCCAAGCAGUUAGCUGUGCACCCCAAGGACCCACCCACAUAUAUGUUGUAUUCGAACCACUCAAAGACUGUGUCUGAUUCUAUCAAGAAACUGGUCGCUGCCAUCAAAGACAGUGCUCCGGGUCAGCGUGAAUGUGAUACAGCUAUAGAUCAAAUCAAUGGUAGCAUCCGGCUACUAGACCAGGCAUCCCUCGCUGCAAUAGGCCAAAAUCUACAGCCUAGGAAUGAUAAACCUUUAAAGGUCUACCAGGAACAAUUAGUUAAUAGUGCGAGAGAGAUUCAAAAGUUAAUUGAACAAUUAAGAACUGCUGCUAAAGGAGAAGCUGAAAAUGUUGGACAUUUGGUGUCCACAGUAGCAGCCUACUUUGACCCACUUGCCAAUGGUGCAGUAGGCACAGCCAGCAAGAAUAUGAACAGCAAGAUACAGAUGGCCAUCCUAGACCAGACAAAGACAGUCUCUGAGGCUGCCCUACAGCUAACCUAUGCUGCCAAAGAGGGAGGGGGCAAUCCAAAGGCAACACACACGCAUGCAGCAAUUGAUGAAGCUGCAGACAGUAUGAAGGAUGUCCUUGGUGACCUCCUUGAGACCAUUGACACAGCAGCAUCAGCAGCUGGCAUCGUCUCCACCAUGAUUGACCAGAUCUCAAAAUCAAUUAGUAAAUCUGCUACACGUAUUGUGGUGCCAGAGGGGGCAGGUUAUGUCGACUACCAGACCAGCAUGGUGACACAGGCUCAGCAGAUUGCAAGGAUAAGUGCAGAUAUGGUUGGUAAAUCUGGCACAAAGGUGAGUGAGCUAGGUCCAUUGGCUAAUGCUCUGACACAUGCCUACAACCAGCUUGCGAAGGAUUCACAAGGUGCAACAUCAUCAGUCACAAAUCCAGAGAUUGCCAAGAAGAUUAGAACUGCAGUACAAGAUUUGGGCAAUGCAUCCAUGGACAUCAUCAAGGACUGUGGAAACCUACAGGCUAACCCUGGAGACCAGUUUGCUAAAAAAGAUAUUGUUGAUCACAAUAAAAUUGUUGCUGAAAAGGCUGCCAGAGUGCUAGCAUCCCUACAGGCAGGAGCCCAGGGUACCCAGGCAUGUAUCAAUGCUGCUAGUACAGUCAGUGGUAUCAUUGGUGACCUGGAUACAACUAUUAUGUUUGCAACAGCCGGAACUCUCAAUCCUGACACCAGUAAUGAAGUAUUCUCAGAUCACAGAGAGAGUAUAUUAAAGACAGCCAAAGCCUUAGUAGAGGACACUAAAACACUUGUAGCUGGUGCCGCCUCUGAUCAGGAAGAACUGGCUACAGCAGCUCAGAAUGCCGUCAAAACCAUAACGAGGCUGUCAGAUGUCGUGAAAUUAGGAGCAGCUUCAUUAAGUUCUAACCAACCAGAAGCUCAGGUGUUGUUAAUAAACGCAGUGAAAGACGUUGCCAGCGCUCUAGGUGACUUGAUUACUGCGACUAAAAGUGCAUCUGGUAAACGUGUGAAGGAUCCUUCAAUGUUGGUGCUAAAGGACUCUGCUAAGGUGAUGGUUACAAAUGUGACAUCACUGCUGAAGACAGUGAAGACAGUUGAAGAUGAGGCUGCCAGAGGUACAAGAGCACUAGAGUCCACUAUUGAGGUCAUCGGCCAGGAGAUGAAAAUGUUUGACACCGCUCAUCCUGACCGCAAAGCUACAGCAGAGGAUCUGAUUCGUUACACCAAGCCCAUCACCAUGGCAACUGCCAAAGCUGUUUCCGCUGGUAACUCUUGCAAGCAGGAAGAUAUUAUCAUUGCGGCAAAUAUGGGACGUAAGGCAGUGUCUGACCUUCUCAAGGUCACAAAGGCAGCAGCAGUGAAUGCUGAGUCUCAAGAUGUGAGAAACAGAACACUACAUUGGGGAAAACAGUCUGCAGAGUCAUACCAACAACUGCUUACUGUUGUUAAUUAUUGUGUGCAGAAACCUGGGCCCGAGAGCCGUCAACAACUAGCAAUCAUAUCUAAGAAAGUUGCGAUGUGCAUUACAGAACUAAUACAAUGUGCAGAACAAAUUAAAGGUAUAGAUUAUGUUGAUCCACAUGACCCUACUGUAAUAGCAGAGAAUGAACUACUGGGUGCUGCACGCUCCAUUGAAGCAGCUGCCAAGAAACUUGCUGAACUUAAACCACGAAAAGCUGCCAAGCCUGCCAAUGAGAACUUGAACUUUGAGGAGCAAAUUCUAGAGGCAGCCAAGUCAAUUGCUGCUGCUACAGCUGCCCUUGUAAAGUCUGCAUCUGCUGCCCAGAGGGAACUGGUAGCACAGGGCAAGAUCGCAACUCACUACGGCAUGGCAGACUAUGAGGAAGAUGGCCAAUGGUCAGAGGGACUCAUUUCAGCUGCAAAGCUUGUAGCUGCAGCCACCCACAACCUUUGUGAUGCUGCAAAUGCAAUGGUCCAGGGCCAUGCAAGUGAGGAGAAGUUGAUAUCCUCAGCCAAGCAAGUGGCUGCCUCCACUGCACAACUGCUUGUAGCAUGUAAAGUGAAGGCAGAGGGAGACUCCAUGGCUAUGAAGAGACUACAGGCUGCUGGUAAUGCAGUAAAGAGAGCCACAGAGGCCUUGGUCCAUGCUGCCCAGAUGUCAAAGGACAGGGCUGAUGAUGAGGAACAGUUGCUGCUGAAUGAAGGAAUGGUACGAGGAAUGAAACAGGUUAUAAUGGCACAAGAAGAAAUCCUUAUUAAAGAAAAAGAACUGGAGAAAGCCAGAAGAAAACUAGAAGUUAUAUACAAGGCUAAAUACAAGGACAGGUCUUCACCUGAAUCUGAUGAAGGUGGAACUUCAUUUUAAGGAUUAUGUGAUUUAAAUACACAAUAGCUGUACAGUAUAUAAAAAUAUGAUAAACAAAACACUACUUAUCUGAUUAGAAUUGUUAAUGGUGGUCAACUAAGACUCCUGACAGAACAUCUUGUAUUUUUUGAUUAUCUGCACAUCUCAGAACUGCUUUUCCAAAAGAAGAUUUAUAUCGUUAUUUAGCACUUGGCCCUCAUAGUAUUUGUGGGUUGCACAUUUUCGGGUUCAGUUGUGUAAAAUACUGAUAUUAUAGUCUUGAUUUGCUUGUAUCGGAACGCAGACCCCUGACUAUGAUUUAAAGUACACUUUUAUUAAGUAUUGAAUAAAAUCAAUAUCAUUUCGUCCAUUUUUGUUAUCAGGUGCUAUUUGUGUUACGUUUCUGCUCAUGUGCAAAUUGAUUUGUGUUAAGAUGUGCAAAAUAUUUUUAAAAUUAAAUCUUCUGCUAAAAAUAUUUUUUGUGUAAAUCUGACAAUGGCGAUUGAUCAUUGAAUGACAUUCUUCAAUUUUAACAUUUUCAAAUGCCAAUUUACAUAUGUUUUGAUUCAUAAGUGAAUGCCAAAUAAAAAUUAAUCUGCCAAACGAACAUUUAAUUGUGUAAUUGUGGAACAAACAAGCUGUGCCUUAUGUCAUUUGGACGAGAGAAUCGGAAAAAAUCUCAUUGUGAUAAAAUAUUUUGAGUAUGAGAGUAAGAAAUGCAUUAGAAAUCAAGGAUUAUUCAUGGCAGUGUAAAAUAUGUAUAUUGAUAUUAAACAGUUGAAAAACAGAAGGUAAUGGGGAUACAUCUUUCAUGUUUUUGCUGUGUUGAUGUAGAUAUAACAAAGAUAUAUAUUUGAAGAGACUCGAUUUUCAUUUUGCAAGAGCAAUAUUUAAGAUAUAUCUUUAUGAUAUCUGCAGCAAAAGUUUAAUACAUGUUGAAUUUAUCGUGUGUACAGAAUGUAGUUUUUUAUUACCCAAAUGUGACAAAAAUUUUGUUAUGUAGUGUGUGUACUACAGCGCUUAUGACGUGUGUCUUGUACCAUAUAUACAUAGUAAAUUAAUAUAAAUAUAUAUAUAUAUUUACCACAUCAUGUAGUGCAGAUUCUUAUGUGUAUAAUAUAAGUUCAUCAUUCAAAUAUAAUUGUAUUUACUCAUCUAAGAGAAGCUCAUAAUUAAGGAUCAAGCACACAAUUUGAUUUCUAUGUCUAGUUGCUGACUCUAACUGUCCCUCAUUGACUUGAUAAGUUGGACAUUUGAAUAAAAUUUGAUUUAUCUUCAUUCAUGACCAUAUUUGGACAAUGAACUGUACUAGUCUGCCAAUUAAAGGUGCUUAUUGAAUCUAGGUAGAAAAUAGUAUGAUAGCUCUAAUGUAGAACCAUUUGCUCUAAUGGGAUUUAGACAAAGACUACAACACAGCACAGUAGUUCAAGCCAACAAAGUGUGAAGUAUUUGCAUUUAUUAACAGUGCAAUUUUGAUUCAUUCUGAUAUGAACUGUUUCAUGGGAAACAAUCAAAACUAUGUCAAGGUCACUUUAGUUUAUUAUUUAUUAAUCCGAGUUGUCACCAUUUUUCAUUGUAUGUAAUUAUUAUUUUAUAAUCUACAUAUCAUGCUUCAACUUUAACUCAACAUAUCAAUGGUUUAUAUAUUUCUGCCUUUCAAUCAGUUGUACCAAAACAAAUGUAUGAAAAAAUACUUAAAGAUCAUCAGUCUUAGAACAUUCAUGACACAAACAUACAUUUGUUGACUAUUAAUUAGGCCCCUGUAAAGGAACCAAAUGGUAAGAUAUGAAAAAUUUAAACCAUGUAGGUUUUUGUAUGCAAAAUAAAUGACAUAUUAUAUUA